AUGUGUUUACGGCGGAACCAAACUGGUGAAACAGAACUAAACGAGACUGAAAAAACAGGAAAAAACUGCUAUGAAAGUGACGACGAAAGCUGUUACACACCUCAUUUUAGCGCCGAAGUUGACCUUAUUGCGAUUUUCGUGGCUUUCCUUAUUGUUGUCUUAAACACCAUGGUUUUCAUCCUUGUGGCAAAAAAGCGGUCAUUAAGGACAACAACUAAUAAUUUCCUGAUAGGCCUGGCAGCCAGUGAUCUCCUAGAAGGCCUCAUCGGCCUACCUCUAGUUAUCACAUGUAACAUUUUUAUGGAGCACGGAGUUUGUUUUUCCACUAUUUACGUGUGGAUGUUUACCUCCUUUCUGACCAUGUCGCAUAUUAUGGCUGUCACUGCUGAUCGCUUCAUAGCUAUCAUGUUUGCUCUGCGAUAUCCUCAGAUCAUUACCAAGCGUCGCUGCUAUAUCACUCUGGGGUUUGUCUGGACCUUUCUCAUUCCUGUUGUCACUGCUUCAGUUAUGGUGGAUACAGCCUACAGACUACGAUCCCGACGAGAGUAUUCCUGA